UUGUAUAUCACACCUUGAAGUCUGAAUUUGCAAGAUUCUUCUGGGAGUUUUUAACAAUAUUGAUACCAGAUAGUGCAUGAGAUUUUGGAAGGAUCAGGAUCAGUUCCAGGAUGCUGAAGCAGAUCCUGCAGGACCUCUGGGUCCACCCGGAUAUCCUGGCAGAGCUUGAUGACCAGCAGAAGCAGACACUGUUCUGCAGGAUGAGAGAGGAGCAAGUGAGGAGGUGGAAACUUUGGGAUCAGGAGGAUCAGAAGAGACCAGCAAAAAUCAUCAGGGAUCAGAAGAGAAAUAAGAAGAAUGUUCAGUUCCUGAUGGACACAGAGGGAGAGCCAUGGACUUGGGUGAUGGGGGAACACCCGGAUGAUAAGAGUAUAGAACAGAUACUGGAGGAGGAAGCGAGGGAGGCUGCAAGACAACUGGCAGAGAGAGAGGCUCAACAACUCAGGUUAUCAGUGGAGGCAGAGUUGACGGAGUUGUUAGACCUGAACCAGAAGCAGUUGGCGGCCAUGGAGAAGGCUCAUCAGACUGAGGCUGAGGACAUAUACUGCUCUGUCAAUGAUAUAAAAGACAGGAUCAAAGUCCCCAUCUCUCCCUUACCUAGAGACGCACUGCAGGAGAUAUCACUGAAUAAGCCUCAUAAAGUUUCUCAGAGAGUAGCCAUGUGGGAAAAGAAAGUCAUGGAAGAGAGGACGUCACAGAUCUUCAAAGGCAUUCAGAAGAAAAAGUUGGAAGCAGCCAAAGAAGCAGAAGAGGCAGAGCACAAACACGAACAAGUGUGGAAAGAACAAGAAAAGAAAGCCAAAGAAGCAGAGCAGAAGAUUAGAGAGAUUGCUAGGAUCGCAAGAGAAGAACACAGAAGAGCGUCUGUGAUGGAUGUUGAAAUGGAUGUGCCACAACCAAACAGUCCCACUCCAAUAAAACCACUGACACCUGAACAGUUGGAUCUCGCCAACCCAAAACCUCCAAGUAAAGAAGCCAUCAUAGAGUGGUUCCGAUCCAGCGAGCUUGCAAGACGAGCUGGCUUAGAACGACACAGAAACACUGUAGCUCCAUGGUUCCAUGGACUGAUCUCACGGCAAGAGGCUGAAGCCUUGUUGAGUCCCAUGCCUGUCGGGUGUUUUCUUGUCCGGGUGUCUGAAAGGAUAUGGGGCUACGCCAUCAGCUACAAGGACACAGACCGCUGCAAACACUACCUCGUGGACGCUUCCAACGGCCAUUACCAGUUCCUUAACACCAACCAGAUCGCUCACAACUCUUUAGGUGAACUGAUCGAGUACCACAGUAGCCAGCCUAUCACAGUGCUGGGUAGGGAGUUACUGUUGUUACCAUGUGUGAGGAGUGAAGCGUUGCCAGCCAUAUGUCAAGGUCUCGGAGGUCUAGACCACUCACGGUGAUCUCACACCUCGUAUUUGUAUUUAUUGAACUGUCAACUCAUUUUAUAAUUUUGUACAUAACUUUGUAAUUUAUAAGCCCACAAGUGUUAUAGUGUUUGGUUUAACUGUUAGUGACAUUUUGAUAUUUCCAAGUUUUUACCUUUCCUACUACGUACGUGCAUGUUGAAUAUGAUUGUUUUUGUGAGACUGUAAUUUAGAACCAAAUGUGUUAGUUUUAAGUGUUGAUCAUGUUGUACCAUUUACUCAUAUGACUGUCAUUAGAUGGUGCAAGAGAAAAAAUACAAUAUAGUUAUUCUUGGUUCACAAGAAUUGUUAAUGUAAAUCAUUCAGGUUAAAAUACAAUUUUGCAAUCCAUUUAUGUUUUUGUAUGAUGUCAAAAUGAAUCAGUCAAAUGUAAGGUAUGAUAAUGUAUUAAUUUGCUUUAAUGUUGUAAAUACCUAUAUAGUGAUAAUCUGUAAAGUGAUUUAGUCUAUCCAUAUUUAUGCUAAUGCAUUUUAUAACAAGAUUAAAAAGAGCUGUGCCUUAUACAAA